AAAUAAUAAAUUGUUUUAAUAUAAAAUCAUAAAUCAUUUUGUUUGGUAAUUAUAAAAAUAUUAAUCAUAAACCCCAUUAAAAUAGUUUGUUUUUUAAUUAGUAUUUUGUGUUAUUUAUUUUAUAUAAUAAAUAAUAGUAAUAAUCAUCAUAUACAUAUAUAAUAAAAAAUGGAAUUUGAAAGUGAUAAGUUAUCAUUAGAAGCUGCAGGUCAUCUUUUUAAAAAGAUUGGAAAUCAUGAUCCAAAGACCAUUGCUAAGGUUUUAAUGAAUGGAAAAUCUCACCCAUUAAUCAAAUUGGAAAAAAAUGAUUUGGGUGAUGCUGGAAUUAUUCCAAUUUCCAAAGCAUUAAAGCAGCAAGCUAUAGUAUCUUCACUCGAUCUCUCUUGCAAUAACAUUACAUCAGCAGGUAUCAAAGAAUUAUGUCAAGGUAUAGCAAAUAACAAGUAUUUGAUGUAUUUAAAAUUAGACAACAAUCCUAUUGGUAAUGAAGGUUUCAAGGCAAUUUGUGAUGUGCUCAAAAGUAAAGAAUGUGUUUUAAAAUCCAUUUAUCUCUCCGAAUGUAACAUUACUCAUCGUGGAAUGCAUUAUUUUGUUGAUGCUCUUCAAUUCAAUCGUUCAUUGGAAACCAUUCACUUAAACAGUAAUAAAUUAGGUAAUGAAGGUGCAACUCUUCUCAGUAAAUGUAUUACAAUUGAAGGAAAGUUAAAAAACAUCUCGUUAUUCUUUUGUGCUAUUGGCGAUGGUGGUGCAAAUUCAUUUUUAUCUAUUUUAGAUAAAAAAGACUUUAUUGACUACAAAUUAAUAUCAUUAACUCUCAAAGGUAAUAAAGUCUCUCAAUCCAUUCAAGAACAAAUAUACAAAAUUUUAAUAGAUAAAAAGAAUGCAAUUAAAGCAAAUAAAAUCAAAGCUGAAAAUCAAAUGUUUAUCGAAGAAGAAAUCAAACAAAAGGUUGCCUCCAUCAAUGAACAAUGUGAAAAGAAAAUUAAAGAUAUCGAUGAACAAACUAAAAAAGAAUUGAACGAAAAAAUUAAAGAUUUAGAUAAAGAAAACAAAAAGAAAUUAGAAGAAAGAAUCAACAAUAUCAAUGAAGAGUCAAGAAAGAAACUCGAUGAAAGAAUGAAAAAUAUUGAUAAGAAAGAAGAAACUUUAAAUUCUCGUAAUGAACAAUUUAGUGAACGUUUAAAGACAUUUGAAAAAGAACAAAAAAGAAAGAGUGGUAAAGGUGUUUUAAAUAGCUCCCAAGAAUUAAAUUUAUCAAGCAAUGGAAUUAAAAAACCACAAAGAAAGAAAUUCAGUGAUAGUAUAAUCAUUGUAAUUGCUGGUGAUAAGACCAAAGAUAAAGAUUUAUUUAUUGAGUACUGUAUGACCGCUUUAGAAGGUUGCAAAAUUGAAGCCGAAAAUGACUUUGAAAAGAUUUUUACUGGUGUAGUUACUGUAGAUGAUAAACCAAUUCAUUUCACCUUUGUCAAUACUUCAAGUGAUGAUAGAUACUCAAGACUUCGUGCCCUCCAAUACGAACAAGCCGAUGCUGCUGUAAUUGCCUUUACCAUCAAUGAUAGAGUCUCAUUUGAAGAUAUUCCUUUCCAAUGGAUCCCAGAGAUCGAAUUUAUGGGUAAAAUUCCAAUAUUAAUUGCCGGUAUGUUCUCAGAUAAACGUUCUGUCCCAUUAAAAGCCACUGAUAUCUCUGAAGAAGAAGGUAAAGCUACAUCUCUCAAAUUUGGUGCCCUUAGUUAUUUCGAACCAAACUCAUCUAUGGAUAUUAAAAACCUUGCUCAUAUAGUUUAUAAAGAAAUCAAGAAAAAGAAAAAAUUAUAAAUAGUUUAAUAAUAAUAAUAAUAAUAUAUAUACAUUAAAAAAUAAUUUUUUAUUUAUUUUUAGUGAAAUAAAUAAACAAUAUUUCAGUUUUUUUAAAAUUUACAAAU